AUGAAUUAAGCAUAAUAAUAAACAUAAGAAGAAAAUCCAUUUCAAUUUGAGUUAGAUUCUAAAAAGUUUCUAUAAAAGUUGGAAAAAGAACGUAAUUCUGGAUAUAAUGAUGAUGAUGAAGAACAAAAACAAGUUCCACAUACUUAAAAAUUAUAUUAAACAAGUGCUAAAUCAACAAGAUUUGGACUGUUAUAAAAAUUAGAAGAUCAAAGUAUAAAUUUACUUAUAUUUAAAAUAGCAAAUAAAUUAGCAUAAGAAAGAGAUGAGAUGUUUGCCAAUGAAGCUAAAAUGAGAGAUCCUAAUUAACCAUAAAAAAUAGAUGAAAUAGCUUAACACAUCAAACAUUUUAAUCCAAAAUUAAUGGAAUAUAGAGAUGAUGAAGCUAGAAAAACUAUAUAUGGAAAAGAAGAUAAAAAGAAAGAUUUUGAAUUAUAAGAAAUGAAAAAGAAGAAAUAUCGAAUUAAAUCAAUAUUAAGAGAAAAAAGAGAAACAAUUACAGAUUUUAUUGAAAAAAAAAGAGAAAUAUGUUUAGCUAAUUUAAAUAUUAUGACCAAGAAAGAAGAAACUGAAAGAUUAGAAGAUUUUAUAAAGAAUGAAUAAGAAUCAUUAAGAGCAAGAAGAUUAUAUUUUAAAAAUGAUUGUGAAUUAGUGAAAAAGUUUAUGAAUGAAGUGAAAUAUUAAGCUGAUUAAGCUGCUUAUUAAGCUGAUAGAGAAUCUAAAAAAAAAGAUGAAGUUAAAACUGAAGUAGCUAAAAUAUUAGCUUAAAUAGAUAGAUUAAAGUUAUAAAAGACAAAAUAUGGAGAAGAAUUUGAAAAAUUAGAUAAAUAUAGAUAAUUUUUAGAAAAAAUUAAAGUAAUUCUAAAUUUUAUAAUGAAUUUUAGGAUACAUACAAAACAAAAUUUUCAGAAUUUGAAAAAAAAGAUAUUAACUUAUUUUCUAAUCAAUAAAAUGAAUAAAAGAAUUAAUUUUUUGUUACAGGAGUAGAUUAGAGAGAAGAAUAAAAAUAAACUUAGGAAUAAAUUGAGGCAGAAAGAUAAUAAGAAAGAAUGGCUGAUUUGGUUAUAGAGAUCCUUAACAAUAUUGAAGAGGGUAAUUUGAGAAAUAUCUAAAAUUAAAGAGAUGCAGAGGAAGAUAUUGAAUAAAAGAAGAGGGAAUUAGAGAAAUUAGAAUAAAAAUUAAAAAAUGAAUAAGAUGAACAUUUAGAAAUGUUGAAAGCAGAAGAAAGAAAAUUGAAAGCAUAAUUAAAGAUAUAAAAUUAAUUGAAAGAUUAAGAAAAGGUAGAUUAAACAAAAUUAUAAUUUGCAGAAGGUGAAGAUUUAGAUAUGGAUAAAAUUGGAAAGAAAAUAAUAGAAAUUUAAUAAGAAGCAACAAAAAAUUAAGAUAUAAUGGGAAAGAGAUUAUAAAUAGACUCAAAAGUUAUAAAAUAAGUUAUUAAUGUAAUAAAAAUUAGAAUAUAUAGUAAUUAGAAAAAAUAGUUAUUGAUUUAUCUGAAUCUAAAUUGUAAUUUUUGUUAAGAUCAAAAACUGAUUUCAUUGAAGCAGAGAAAAAAAUUAAGAAGGAAAAAUAAUAAUAAAGAUUAAAUAAUUAGAAGGAUGAGGAAAAGAAAAAGUAAAUUAUGGAGAGGAGAAACAAAAAGGAAGAACAUUUAUAGAAAUUUUAUAAAGGAAGACAUGAUAUGAAAAGGAACUAUAAAUAAGAAAAGCCUGUAGUGGAAACAGAAGAAACAGAAACAGAUCAAAAUGAUGAUGAAAAAUAUUUAAGAGAAUCUUAUGAAUUGGUAUAUGUGCCUCCUUAGUAAAAAUCUCACAAUUAAUAAUAAUCAAAUGAAUUAAACAUAAAAUAGAAUGAGAGAUAAUAAUGA